GAAGUGGACAUCGUGGUGGCUCCAUGCCGAGGCUUCCAGUCAGCUGAAUCCACCCUGGCCGAGUUUGUGGACCAGGUGCUGCCCGUUGUCACCUUUGCCAUCAGCGAGCCCCAGCUGUCCCCGUCGGACCAGGCAGAACUUCGGCAAAUCAAACAAAAAUUCUCCCUCCCCAUCUUCUUCCUGCGAAUCCCCGAGGCCGGCAGCGAGCUGAGCUCUCCUAAACCCCACCCCAAGGACACCAAAUCCCACCCCAAGGACACCAAACCCCACCCCAAGGACACCAAAUCCCAGCUCCACCUGCAGCUGCUGGAUCUGGAGUACCUGAGCCCCUCCAGCCCCUGCGGCUGCGGCGCUCCCGGCUCCUCCAUGCUGGUGGAGCAGCUGGAGAAGCUGAGGCUGCUGAGCUCCUUCUCCAGGCAGGUGCUGCAGCAGCACCUGGUGGAGGCAGCCACGAGGCUGAGCGAGGUUCACGGGCGCUGCCUCAACAUUUUCAUCAACCAGGCCUUCGACAUGCAGAGGGACCUGCAGAUCACCCCCAAGAGGUUGGAGUACACGCGCAGGAAGGAGAACGAGCUCUACGAGUCGCUGAUGGGCAUCGCCAACCGCAAGCAGGAGGAGAUGAAGGAGAUGAUCGUGGACACGCUGGGCAAUAUGAAGGAGGAGCUGCUGGAGGAUGCUGCCAGUAUGGAGUUUAGAGACAUCAUCAUCCCCGAGAGCGGCGAGCCCGUCAGCUCCAAGGACAUCAAGCGCUGCAUCCAGCAGAUCCAGGAGCUGAUCAUCUCCAGGCUGAACCAGGCUGUGGCCAACAAGCUGAUCAGCUCCGUGGAUUACCUGAGGGAGAGCUUCGUGGGCACCCUGGAGCGCUGCCUCAAGAGCCUGGAGGAGUCCUGGGAGGGCUCCGUGCACCCGCCCCGGGGGCUGGAGAAACCCCGCGAGGGAUCCGUGCACAUCACCAGCAACUAUCUCAAACAGAUCCUGAAUGCAGCUUAUCACGUGGAGGUCACAUUCCACUCGGGUUCAUCAUCCAGCGCAUCACGUGGGUCAGCCCCCCGGCCAUCACCAGCGAGUGGAAGAGGAAGGUGGCCCAGGACGCCAUCGAGAGCCUGAGCGCCUCCAAGCUGGCCAAGAGCAUCUGCAGCCAGUUCCGCACGCGCCUCAACAGCUCCCACGAGGCCUUCGCCGCCUCCCUGCGCCAGGUCCCUGCAGUCCCACGAGAGGCUGGUGCACCUGCAUGGCUCCGUUAUUGAUUAUGGCUAUGGAGGAGGCUCCAGCAUUGCUGUGCUGCUGAUCAUGGAGAGGCUGCACAGGGACCUCUACAC